AUGAGCUCUAUUCGUCCUAGGAGGUUCGGCGCGGGUACCUACACCCAGCCGUUCCACUUUGCAGAGACGCAAAUGUACGCUGUCUCUUCGGAGAGUGAUUCAGACCUCCCGUUGACAUGUGGGAGAUCCGCGCGCAGGCAGUCGGCAGAAGACACGUCGAGACGCGUCAAGCAGCGUCUCAACUCUAUGCCCACUCUGGGUGACGAGGCGGUCAAGGCAAUCAAGGACUGCAUCGCUCUGGGUAAACGUACGCAGGAGCGCCAGAUUCGCGAGACGACGGAGCAGAAGCACGCAAAGCGCUUAGAGAAGGUGGAGGAGCGCAUGUCCGCGCUUCUGGCAUUGGACUCGGAAGCGGAGGACUGGGAAUGCUGGGCUUGCAGCAGCGCUGUCCCGCAUUCCUAUCCCACCCGCAAUGCCGAUAACUCUGCGGGUCGGUUCAGGACCAAGAGGCUGUUGUCGCUCAAGCAGCAUCAAGCUUCGGCGCACGCCAAGAUGGACUGGAUCUGCACUCGAUGCGGCAAGCAUUGGCCUUCCUUCACACAGGCGGCCGCGCAUGUCAACGUCACCAUCAAUGCGUACCAUUGCGUUUGGCUCGACUUGGAGCCUCAAGUGAAGGGUUACAACUAG